UGCAGGACGUCACCGCAGACUGCAGGGGCUCGAGCCGCUGCCGCGCAGCCCCACAUCAACGCACUGGGGGCUCCUCACCGGCUCUGCCAGAAAAGUCGCCGUCGCUAAGGUCGUUACCGCAUCUGUGCAGGGCAAGAUGGCGUCAGCCACAGACUCGCGCUAUGGACAGAAGGAGUCCUCGGACCAGAACUUCGACUACAUGUUUAAAAUCCUCAUCAUUGGUAACAGCAGCGUGGGCAAGACAUCCUUCCUCUUCCGCUAUGCAGACGAUUCCUUCACGCCUGCCUUUGUCAGCACUGUGGGCAUAGACUUCAAGGUCAAGACCAUCUACCGCAAUGACAAGAGGAUCAAGCUGCAGAUCUGGGACACGGCAGGGCAAGAGCGGUACCGAACCAUCACCACAGCCUACUACCGGGGUGCCAUGGGCUUCAUCCUCAUGUAUGACAUCACCAACGAGGAGUCCUUCAAUGCCGUGCAGGACUGGUCAACCCAGAUCAAGACCUACUCGUGGGAUAACGCCCAGGUGCUGCUGGUGGGGAACAAGUGUGACAUGGAGGAUGAGCGGGUCGUGUCGUCGGAACGCGGGCGGCAGCUGGCUGACCACCUUGGGUUUGAGUUCUUUGAGGCAAGUGCCAAGGACAACAUUAACGUCAAGCAGACCUUUGAGCGCCUGGUAGACGUCAUCUGCGAGAAGAUGUCCGAGUCACUGGACACAGCUGACCCUGCCGUCACAGGCGCCAAGCAGGGCCCACAGCUCACGGACCAGCAGGCGCCCCCACACCAGGACUGCGCCUGCUGAGGGCUGGCCCACCCACCCCUGCCCUGCCCCCCACCCCACCAGACCCCUCCUGGCCAUGGGCACAAGACCCCUGCCCCGACUUCCUGACUGAGCCCUUCACCCUUAUUUAUUAUUGUAGCUAUUUAUUUAUUUAUUG